AUGGUAUGGAUUUAUAAGUCCAUAACAUGUUCAGAGAAGCCUCGGAUCAUACUUAAAGUGACUCUAUGUGAAGGUAUGGCCUCACAAGUCUUGGUCUACCCACCACACAUUUAUCAAACCCGGACAAGUGCCUUUAGCAGUGUGAAGAAACUCAAAGUUGAGCCCAGCAGCUGUGUGUACCAUGAGGGGGCACAUCCACGGACUUUUCUGAACAGCAGGACCCUUGGUAUUGUGCACCCGACCAAACAAGCCCACUCGUUUGUGAACCGAGACUUAGUAGUGGGCCUGAGAGCACGUGGAGGCCAGCAGUACCCGGUGCAGACGGUUGUGGUUCGUGGCGUACAAAGACAGCAGCCUGGUAUUAGAAGACCGGGACCAGGCCCGCUUGCGGCCCAGCAGCAACAGGAGGCAGGGGUCGUCCACUCACAGGGCAAGGAGCAGCAGCAUCAGGCGGUUGAAGAAAGUAGGAGCAGCAGUGGAGCAACAAGGGCAGGAGGAGGAGGAAGGGGAGAGGGCUGCAGUGGAGGAGUCGAGGGAGGAGGAGAGGAGGAGGGUGACAGAGAAGAGAACUGUGGAGGUUUGAACUCAGCCGACAGCUCUCAGCGAUGUGGGCUGAAACGUAAAAGUGAGGAGCUGGAAAACCGAGGGAGCACCAUGCAGAUUGUGGAGGAACUGUCAAUGUUGCCUGCCAUGUUGCAAACGACGAAUGUGGGGAAUGCAGCCGUUACAGCGCCGACAGCUGUUGGGGCUGGAGGAGGCCCCUCCAAACAGGGUGUAGGGCAUGGAGGUGUAUGUGCAACUGGAGGGACAGGAGGAGCGGAUGGGGACUAUCAGGUAGUACAGCACGAAGUCCUGUGUUCCAUGAAGAAUACUUAUGAAGUGCUGGAUUUCUUGGGGCGCGGCACAUUCGGACAGGUCGUAAAAUGCUGGAAGAGGGGCACCGGUGAAGUGGUGGCUGUGAAGAUCCUGAAGAACCACCCUUCAUACGCACGGCAGGGUCAGAUUGAAGUAGGCAUCCUCGCUCGCCUGAGUGGGGAGAACGCUGAUGAGCACAACCUGGUGCGGGCCUUUGAAUGCUUCCAGCACCGCAACCACACUUGCCUCGUAUUUGAAAUGCUCGAACAGAAUCUGUAUGAUUUCCUGAAGCAGAAUAAGUUCAGCCCGCUCCCAUUGAAGGUGAUCAGACCGGUGCUUGAGCAGGUAGCUACAGCUCUGAAAAAGCUGAAGAGUAUGGGUCUGAUUCAUGCAGACUUAAAGCCAGAGAACAUAAUGCUGGUGGACCCAGUGAGGCAGCCCUACAGGGUGAAGGUCAUAGAUUUUGGCUCAGCGAGUCACGUGUCCAAAGCAGUGUGUUCAACGUACCUCCAGUCUCGGUACUAUAGGGCUCCAGAGAUCAUUUUGGGAUUGCCGUUUUGUGAAGCCAUAGACAUGUGGUCCCUAGGCUGUGUGAUAGCGGAGCUUUUUCUGGGUUGGCCACUUUACCCCGGGGCCCUGGAGUAUGACCAGAUUCGCUACAUCUCUCAGACGCAAGGUUUACCAGGAGAACAUUUGUUGAAUGCAGGGACAAAGACAGCACGGUUCUUUUGCAAAGAGUCAGACUCACCUUACGCAGCAUGGAGACUGAAGUCAACAGACGAGCACGAGACGGAGACGGCAAUGAAAUCAAAGGAAGCAAGGAAGUACAUCUUCAGCUGUUUGGAUGACAUAGCGCACGUGAACUUGAUGAUGAAUCUGGAAGGUUGUGACUUGUUAGCGGAGAAGGCAGACCGCUGGGAGUUUGUGGGCCUGCUGAAGAAGAUGUUGUUGAUCGACGCAGAACAGAGGAUUUCCCCUGCCGAAGCUCUCAUCCACCCUUUUGUGACAAUGCAGCACCAGCUUGACUUUCCCCACAGCAACCAUGUGAAGUCAUGUUUCCACAUCAUGGACGUUUGUUGGACUCGCCCCGCUGGGUAUGAGGCCGCCAAUCGAAAUAAAGGUCCUUUCGUUAGACCUGUAACUACAACCAGUGCUGCCUCAGCCAACCUCCCCUUCAGUAAGAUCUCAGCUGUUCAUACUCAAGGGUUAGUUCCAUCUGCACCGUCAGUGAUGCACCCUGGGAUACAAAUGCAGACAGGAAGUGGUCAGUUUGGAUGCAAUGAGUCAUUUCAGCAGGCUCUCAUUCUGUGUCCCCCGACAAUACCAGGUAUCCCUACUAAUACCGCUAAACCAGCUGGCUACUCUGUCCAUAUGGAGGCCUCUGUACCUCUGGUUACUCAAGCACCAUCAAUCCAGCCCUUACAGAUCAGACCUGGAGUUAUCACACAGGCCUGGUCGAGCCAUGCACAACAGAUCUUGGUGCCCACUUGGCAGCAGGUCACAUCUGUGCCCCCGCCACCAACCACAUUGGCAUCUGACACUGUGACUGGCACACAGAGAUUGAGUGACUGGGGGAAAGUGCGUCCCCAUGGUAACCAUUUCACCUCCAUGAUUGCACACCCUCAGCCAUUCUUAACCAACCAAAUGACCAUGUCCACCCACCAGCCAGUCAACAUAGGCAUCGCACAUGUGGUGUGGCCACAGCCAGCGGCAAACAAGCGAGCAAAGCCUUGUGUGAACAGGGGCAGCAGCACCUCCCAAAACACAACCAUCCAAUAUGUGGCAUGCCAGUCCCCAAAGAUGGCCGAUACAGCAAAGAAUGUGCAAGACAUUGAGGAGGAGGGAGCCAGAUGUCAAGAAAAAGGACGCUCCAUAGGAAAAGGGCAAGCAGUAGAUCAGGUCGAGGAGGACGAAGAGGAGAGCUGCUGUAAAGUGCAGCCAGACUGCGAGGAGCUCUCGGUUUCACAGGAACAGCGGCAAGAAAUGGUGAUCUCUGGCCUUGCCAGCCCGACUGUUAGUGUUAUCAGUAUCAGUAGUGAUGAAGAGGAGGAUGCACAAAUUCACUCAAUGGGGGAGUGUAAGGGCACUGCAAAUUGUGAAGCAUGUCAGAGCACUGUCAGUAUGGAGAGAGUAUGUUCUCUCAGCAGUCCAGAGAGUACGCUCAGCACCAGCUCUUCAGCUUCAGCCCAGUCCAACAACUCCCCAUGCAAACAGGCCAACAGCAUGUCGGAUGAUGAACAGGAGAGUGGUUGUGACACGGUGGAGAGCUCGCCUGCCUCGCACAACUCCGGCCACAGCAACAGUCCCUUUACAGAGCGGCGCUACAUUGCUGACAGCAACCAGAACUGUGAGCCGCGUGUGGCGUGCGUUGCCCCUGAGACUGAGCCCAGCAAGCCACCAGUACGCACUGUUGUGGUGCCUCCGAUGCGGGUGCAGAACAAUAACAACAACUGUUCUGUCAUUGAAACACAUGGAAACACAGAGUCUUCGUGCCACUCCAGAGGGCGAGGCAUUCCUGGGCGACAACAUCACCACUCCACACCGCUCCUCAACAGACCGCAGAAAAUCCCCCCCAUGUUUCAGCCCCAGCAACAGCAGCCUAUAGGCUUUGGGCAGGUCCAGCAUUUCAGUUCAUGCCACCAAGAAUGGAACGGGAACUUUGCCAACCGGCGACCACAGGCCUACAUCCCUCCCACCAUGCACGGGCACACAUUCACACUCUCUCACAGCAGCCCAAACCACACAACGGGGCCCCACCCCCACCUUGGCGGGCAUCCGCCCUCUCAGCCCACCUUACUGUCAUACCCUCCGUCUGGUCCUCUGGUUACAGCGGCCCCCGUGGCCCACCUCCUGCCUUCCCCUGGCGCCUCCCGCCCCGUCCUCCAGCCCACCUAUGGCAUAUCCCACCCGGCAGGCAUCGUGCAUCAAGUGGCCGUGGGCAUCAACCCCCGCCUGCUCCCCUCUCCCACUUUGCACCCCCAGGGCCAGUUCAAACCUCUCUUUCCCCCGCACUCCUACAUUGCCUCGCCCGCUUAUGGCAGUUUCCCCCUCAGCCCUACCAAACUAAACCAGUACCCCUACAUGUAAGUGUGGCUCUGGUACCUUUCAUGCCACCUGGAGGCUAAGCAGAGUCCUAAACCACAAACAACAUGGUUUUUAUUUCUAAUAAAAAACCAUGGCACAACCACAGAGAAAACAAGCUAUUUUUUGAAUAACUUAGACUUGGUUGUAAUUGAACUCUAAGCUUUAAAAAAAGAGAAAAAAAAAAGAGUUCCAAUGGUGGAGAAUAUUUGGCAAAAAUUAAGAAGGAAAUAAUGUAUGAAUGAUUGACUGAUAGAAUGAAUGAGUAGUUAAACUCACACUUAAUGUGUUUUGCACAUUUGAUAUAUCUUUGCAUUGGAUCUUCUACGAAUACUCCUCAAGACAGGUAAAUAAUUGGGGUGUUGUUGAAUAGUUAGAAACCCCCUGGUCCCAGCUAUUUUUCUACAUUGCCUUCUUAUGUGUGCAAGACACAUCCAUAUUUGUAAAGCCAUCCCAGUCUCUAGCUCUAGGUCGGCAGAUGCACAUGUUGUCCACGGUGUAUGUUGUACUGCGUUUGAAGUAUUUGUACCGUUUCGGUGUCUUUGGUGUUCGCAAUGUCAAGUCAGUUAUCCAAUUUUAAUAGGGUUGUUCAUCACGCUGCAUGUGUGGUCUUGCAUGAGCAAAAAUGUAAACGGAAAGAUGCAUAGACGUUGCUCUUAUUGUUUGUGUCACAAGACCCGCUGCAUUGUAUAACUGUCCCCAGCCAUAGUGCCUUACAUAUUUGAGGUUGUUAAUGUUACUACUUAUAUAUGACUAUAUACAUGAAUAUUAAUGUACUGGACUGCAGCACUUGAAAUUCCAAUCAGUCGAUGCAUCCUAUGUGUGAGUAUGUAUAUGCACAUGUGUAUAUGUUCAUGCAUAGCUUGCAUGGAUGUGAUAUAUCGCGGAUAGCGGUACUUAUUUUUCGGAGUUUAUGUAUAUUUCAGUGUGUAGUGAGUUCCUUUUUCUGUUCGUUCAAGAAGAACGGCAUGCUUUGCUGUUGCGAAUGCCUGCUGUUUUCCUAAAAAUGUUUGAUUUUUUUUUUUCCUCUCUGUUUCCGAAUGAACUAGUGUACAAAGUGCAAGUACUGAGUAUUGCUUAACAUUUGAUAAUCACUUUCUAUUUAGUGAAACUCUUACUACUAACAGUGUUUGUACUGUUUAAAAACUGCAAUACAAUCUAAAUAGUUGUCGAUUAUAUAUAACUUUUUUUUUUGUCUUUCUAAUUUUAUUUGGAGUGUUUUUACUUUGUUUUUAGAUGUUUAGAAGUGUGACGGGCAUGGCUUUGAAUUAGGUAAGAUUUAAAAAAAAAAAAGCAAAUUAAUUUUACGGUAUGGAAUCUUCUAAGCCUGAGCAAACCAUGCAGUAUUUGAUAUACACACAUAUAUGACAUAUAUUAUAGAGCUAGAAUAUUAAGUACAGAUGCUUGUUAAGGUGUGAGGUAAUUGUGUGCAAUUCUCUCAUUUAUGCAUGUGUGGCAAAGUUAACUUUUCCCCUUUACAUUAAUACCAUCUGUUGAAGGCUUAAUGCUGAUCAGUGUCAACUACUUAUUUUACACAUUCCGUCAGGGAGGAUAUAUAUACAUAUAUGUGUGAUGGUUUUAUAUAUAUAUAUAUAUAUAUAUAUAUAUAUAUAUAUAUAGAACUUCUAAGCAUUUACCACCUUUAAUGUGACAUUUAUUCUGUGCUGUUACAGUGAAAAACAGGCAAAUGUAUGUGAGGAAAGACAGAUGAAAAGACUGUUGUAACUCGGUUGCAUAGAUGUGCACACCCCUUAAUUAACACUUUGUUGAAGCACCGUUUGAGUCAUUUUCAGAGUUCGGCCUUCCUUAGUUUACACAGGUGAAUUGGAUUAUACUAAAAUAGUUCAGCUGUCUGAUUUUCCUUGUAUUUGGUCAUUUGCAUUCAUUAGGUAAAGCCUUAGUUUGCAGAGAGGUAUCAGAUCAGAGUAGGUUACAAAACAUUUCCAGAGCAUGAUAUAUACGCCAUAUUCACCAUUGUGAAGGUGCUCACCAAUGGUUGGAGAACAGAUAGGACAAUGAGAACAUGACAAAAACUGGAAAAUUCUCCUAAAGAAGAGACUGCAACUGGCCUCUGUCAAGAGACUAACAAACAACACUGAAGGAACUGCAGGGAUUCUUCCAAUACCUUGUUGGAGGUUAUAGUUUGAUGAAACUUAACUUCAACUCUUAGGCGGUAUUUUUGGUACAGCAAGGACAUCAAAAGCACACUGUAUCCAAAGUAAAGAGCGGGGUAGCAACAUCAUGCUCUAGGGUUACUUCUCAAUAGAUGGAACUGAUGUUUUUGGCAAAGUGAAUCAAAUUAUACAUGGAUAAAAAUCCCAAAACAUUCAGCUGUCUGCCAGAAAGCUAAAGAUGAAGCUAAAGAUGAAGAGCACCAGAGUGAGCACAAGCAUACAUCCAAUUACAAAAUAAUGACUUUCCCCGAACAAAAAUAGCAUUUUAAAAUGGCCUAGUGCAGAACACAAAACUAAGUUUAACAGAUAAUCUGUGAAGGUCAGCUGAAGAGGGCUGCGGACAAGAGUUGUUUUCAUAAUCUGAGAGAUUAUGCAUGCUAGAGUGGGCAUAUAUUGCUUAUUCAACAUGUGGUGUAUUGUGGACAAAGAGAGACUGAAUGCUGAAAUUGAAUCCAAAGAUGUUUCAACAAAAUAUUCGUCCAAGGUUGUGGAUACUUAGGCAAGCCGGUUGUUUUUUUUUUAUUGAAUUGUAUGGCAUAAAUGUCACUUUAUAUAUCCUUACAUCACAAAAACCUGUCAUUUUAACAUGUACACUCUUUUGGGAGCCAAUGUACUAAUUUGUUGUGUGUACUUUUUUUCUCCUUCAGUCUUUUGUUGUUUUAAAUGAAGUUGCUUGUGCAGCACCAAAGACUGUAAUUUGUUUAUUGAACAAAGUAGCUAUUCUGUUUGCAUUGACCUCGGUUAUACUGUAGUGGUAGUACGAGGCUUGUUUCAAAGAUUAAAAAAAAACAACAACCUUAUAUUUAAAAAAGAAAAAACAGCUGAUGCUUUGUCUAGCUUAUUUGGCAAUUAACGAGUCGUAUCAUUUCUUUCUUGAAUGUAUCAUAGAUAAGCUGCUAUAUGAUAAUUGCCACUUCAAUAGCUGUGAAAUUAGGUGAUUUCUCUCUGAGUUUAAACUUAGCGUUUUGUAUAGGUCUAAUUAUCUGAAAUAGAAGUGGUUUUGAUUUCCGUGUUUGCGUUCAUAUUCGGAGUGUCGCUGUAACUACUGUAUUUGCUGAUGAUGAACAUUAGUUGCAUUUGUUGUUCCUCGGGUGCGUGUUUUUUCUGCAUCAGUAUUUUAUCCUUAUUAACCUCUCGGGCUCGUCACUGCAUAUAAAUGAUGUAUCGAUGUAAGUUAAGUUUUGUAUGUUUUCAUAUCGAUGUUUUGUACACAUCUGAAGCUGUAGCUUGCAGGAUUGAUUUAACUUUCUCAUUGCACAAACACCUUGUAUUGGCAGUUCACUUUGGUGAGUUUUUGGGAGCACUGUGAGAUGCCAGAAAACAAACAACACAAAAAAACAAACAACAACAAAAAAUGAAUCCAAUGUGCCCCGUUCACAUUGGACACACAAACGCACUUCUUGCUAAGCACCUACACAGCAAGUGAGGCUUGGAAAUGUUUGACUAAAGUAAGAAACUUAAAAUUUUUACCCCCACUCUUUUUGUUCCAAAGCAGUUUUCACGUUUUAUUGUCAACAAUGAUUACAAGUAUUUACUGCGACCUUUUUUCUCUGUUCAAUGUUCUAUCUGCCUAGAAUUUCAGUUUGACCUUCUAACCUGCCUUGCGUUCAGAUCGCUCUCCCCUUUAUCAGUGACUCAUAUCAAAGUGUUUUGUCAGUGUGAGGCGGUGGCCGUUGUUAUGUGUCCUUUACUGAAACUGAGACAGUGUAAGCAGCACUGUGUUUGUGCCUUGAGAUCCAGAAAGUGAAUAAACGAAGAGGGCAGAGAACCCAACUCCACGAUCAUGUAGGCAGUCUUUAUUUUAGCGGCCGCUUCACAGAAGAGGAAGGGGAAAAAAAAUUCAAAGUAGGGCUUCAUUGUGGAGUCAUUUUCCGGAGAAUUUGACUCCUAAUCGGCUCCUCUCUCAGAAAGUCUUCAACAAAGCCUCUGUGUGACAACAGGCUGAUAGAAACCCACAGUUAGACUUUGAAUGAUAUGAUGCACGGUGAUCUUCAGAUAGUCACUCUGGCUGAACAGCAGAUGCAAUACUUUCCAUUGUGCGGUCAUUGCACCACAAAGUGUUCUUAGAUAAUCUCCACGCUUUACAUCACCUUGCAUGAAUACAUGCUCACUUUGCUUCACGUCUGGCUUCUGUUAUGCAGAUUGGGGCUAAAUUGGAGCAACCAGUGCACAGCUGACAGCACUGGUGUUUUAAAAUCAGAGGAGCGAUUUUGUUUCUAAGUGUUGAUUUUGUGUUGAUGGAAACCUCUCAACGAUGCUGACUAAAACUUUAUGUUUUAGGAGCUAUUUGUUAUUUUCUCAGCUGCAUGUUUUACUGACCACAUUCAAAUGUCACUUUGGGAAAGAAAUCUUACGAGGAUGAGGCAUGAACCUGACACAUUAGUGCUUGAGAUAGGUCCCCAAUAAUCAGCAUGUGAAAUGUAAUCUGUGUUUUGACUCCCUCAGAGCUUUUUCACCAGCAACACGCCUGCAUCAACUCUCCCGUAUUUGUCACGCAAAAGAAUCGAUGCAAGAGGAGAGAAAUCUCUAAACUCUUUUGCAUUUUAUUUCAAAUGAUUGAAAUCUUUGUUUACGAAUUGUGGAGGAUUCUAUUAACGUUCAGCAGAUUCAACAGCUAUCUGUAAAAUUCCAGUUGUUAAAAUUACUGAUUUUGAUAUUGGCGUUAUUGUCCUUUAGAAAUCUUUCUUUGGGGUCUUUUAUUAAUCUAAAUCUGUGAUUUGUUAGAAAAAUGGUUGUUUUCCUCAAGUUCUUUUCAGUCUUCUGGUUAUCUCUGUCAAUUUCAGAGUUAAUUCACACUGCAAGUUAUGGAAUCACCUGUUUAGAUCGCUCAUCAAUUAUGAAACCUGAACUGUUACUGUUUUAAUACCUGUAGAUUUUUUUGUGGCUUUGUUUUUAUGUUUUGUUUGCUUUUUUUUUCUUUCCUUAUCCUAAUUUUGUGCUACACUAGUUUGCCAUGUAGCAAUUGCACUGUGCAAUAUUUACAGUAUGAGGACUGGGAAAACUAACCCUAUGGAUGUGAUGUCUCUUAUACAGUUUGCGAUAGUGUUUCCUCUAGUUCUCAGUGAUUUAGGUGUGACCAAGCCUUCUCUACUUUGUCACAUUAAGCGGGUUUUCCAGGUGACUCUUUUGGUGAGUGUCAAAAUAAGACUUUAUGGUGUAUUAUUGUUAAGAUUCACUUUGAAUUAAAAAAAUCUAUUGAUGCA